AUGCUUGCUGUUCGGGUGCUUCGGAUCACUAUCUCCAUAGACUCCCCGGCGCUGCUCCUCUCCGCUUUGUCUCUUUCUCAUCGCACGACGUGCAAGGGUGAUGAUGGAGGGUCGGGCGGCUCACGCGGCCCAGUCCGAACGAACACCUGCUCGAUCGGGGAAGCAGCGCUGUCGGCGCUGCAUAGUGCCGGCACCGACAUCGAGCGUACCGAACAGACCUUCGAAACCCAGACGGCCAAGAAGAAAACUUGGAGGGAUCAGAAUGCCCAGCCCACGAUGGACAUGACCACACCGCAUCGGGCUGGUCCAGCAGCGACGUACCUGGCUAGCUCCUUUUGGGAAGACAUCAUGCAGCAGACAUCGGAAUUGCGUUUUGUUCUGGACAGCCGCGUGGAGAACGAGCGGCAGGGGGCCAGAUACUCAUCUGCCUUUGCAACUUCCUAUAUCGGCUCUGAGAGCCUGGAUACCCCCAAUCUUCCUCAGUCUUUUCCAGAGAUGAGCAUCUCGAUGCAAACACGUAGAAGCCUAUGCGAAAUAUACCUGCGCAACGUCGAUCCGGUCUUCAAGAUUCUUCAUCGACCCUCGCUACGGGCGUUUUUGGUCGAGGACCAGCCGUAUCUUGAUUAUGAAGCCGGGCACAUGGCCCCCGCCACCCUUGCGUCUGCCGUUUACUAUGCGGCUGUUUGCACGAUCGAGGACUCGCAGUGCCGAUCACUAUUUGGUCUUGACAAAAAGUCCGUAUCGGCCAAUUUGCAGAGGGGAACUGAAGCUGCCCUACUGAAGUCAGACUUUAUGACCACGAAUGACUUGACGGUUUUGCAGGCGUAUGUGCUCUCAAUGCUUGCCGCCCGCUCUCAGGACCAAACCCGGCGUGUGUGGACUAUGCUAGCCAUGGGUCUCCGAGUAGGUCAAGCUCUAUGCCUCCACUUGGCUGAGCCGCCGUUCCAAAUCAGUGUUUUCGAGCAACAAAUGCGUCGGCGUCUUUGGCAGGCUAUCGGUCUUCUAGACCUCGCAGCAUCUCUAGACCGGGCAUCUGAACCAAUGAUGCAAUCCGCAUGGUUGGACUCACACCCACCAGCGAACAUUAAUGACGAGGCAAUCUACUUCGGGAUGGAAGCUCCCAUCCAAGAGCCACCUGAAGGCACGUUUACCGACAUGACUCACCCGCUAAUCCUUGCCGCCGCGCAAUCUGUCGCCCGCAUGCUCGCAUUUAGGGACUUCAUCGAGCCAGGCAAGAAAACGAUAGCCUUACGGCACCAGAUUCUAAAAGAUUUUCAACAAAGGGUAUCCACACUUCUAAGCGGUUGCAAACCCGACCUAUUUCCCUUCCAGCUAUAUGCGAAACGAACGGCGGCCACUAUCAACGGGGUUUUGCAGCUACUCUGCCUCCGACCAUUGCAAAGACAUCAGAAUUUCAUUCCUCCCCACGUUCCGGGGGAAGAUCUUCUUCGGCUAGCAGCCGAUAAUUUGCAGAAAUUGCACGAGUCAGACAGUGACCCGGCCACUGCAUCUUGGAUGUGGUUUGAUUAUCUGUGGGUUCCAUGGCAUGGACUAGCCGUCGUCCUCGCCGAGCUGUGUGUCUGCAAGGAUCCGGAAACGUUGUUAAAAUACUGGCCAGUGGUGGAACAGGUUUACCACCAGUCCAGCUAUGUGAUCGCAGAAUCUAAGAACGGGAUGCUGUGGAAACCACUGAAGAAGCUUAUGAACCAGGCGAAGGCCCGCAAGAGGGAAUUGCUGGGCAGCCAGUCUUCUGGCGAAGCAAUUCCACAGGUUCCAUCGCGUGUGGACUCGAUCAAUUCUACGCUCAAACAAUCGGUUUCUCAGCCUGAUCGCGAACAGUUGAAUCCUACACCUACUACGACAACGAUUGCGAUGGGUCUGGAGCCGACGGUGGCUGCUGGCAGCACAGUCAACCCAGCCAUCACACUUCCACAAACUUCUCUGUCACUCGACAUGCUGGAAUCAUACUCAAAUGGCUGGGAUGCAAUUGACUUCAGUGCUACGAGUCUACCUGGCCCAGGUGAUAAUGAUUCAUGGCAUAACUACGACAGUUUCAUUGGAGAUGUAUAUGGCAACUGUGACCCUUUUUUACGCGCUGAUUGGUAG